AUGAGAGCCAAAAACAUAUUAUUUAUAGAAAAAGUACUCUUACUAAUAGCCAUUUUCGUAUUAUCUCAGAAUGAAUGUUUGGGGUUAAAUAUCUAUUCUGCACUACCAGAUCAUAUUGUUGAGUGGCUUAAAAGGCACAUUUUAAUAGAAAUCAGUAACAUAAAUACUAAUAUAACACAUGAUUACUUGGAAAACCAUCUUGAAAAUGUUCAAACUUGUAACUCAAUUAAUGGACCCUUUUGUAAGUACUUGAGUCGGAUUUCUCACACUUCUGAACUUGAUCUUGAUACAAAAAAAUAUAUCUAUGAUCAUGAAGGAAGUAUUGGAUACCUUAAUAAAGAUUUUUUUAUGGGUAAAAGUAUAUAUAACUUGCUUUUAAUAUCAGAAAUCUUUGCUCAGGAUACAAUUAGUGCUUUUGAUCAGGAAGUCAAAACAGCAUCUAGAGCAAAGUCUGAUGAUAAUAUAACCAUACAAAAACAUUGUAAGUUGACUAAAAAGAACCUAAUAUACUGCUUGAAGCUUAUUUUAAAGAGUUAUUACAAAACUUUAAUUCGAAAAUUUACUGAAAUCAAUUAUAUCUCCAGAUUUAUGAGCACUUCGAAAGCUUUUUUGCAAUUAUUCAAGAAUUUUAAACUUUUCAAAAUGAUUAAUAACAGUAAAAAAAGGAAAAUUUCCAGAAUAAAAUAUGAAAAAAGAGCUCAAAUAUAUACUAUUAUUCAUGACUAUGACCUUCCUCCAUUACAUUCUGAUUUUCUUGAUCAAGAAGGUAAUUACUUGGAAAAAAGUAAAAUAUCAGAAGAUUAUAAUGAGCCAAAAUAUAUAAGUCAAUUUCACAGCAAAAAUAUGCAUUUUCAAACAAAGUCCAAUCUACUUUUUGACGAAACCCUGAAUUCAUUUUUGAAAAGUAGAUAUGUAAGAUUUAAUCUGAUUAACAGCUUAACUUGGAUUCUACAACAAAAAAGUCCAUAUUCAGAUAUAUGGCAAAACUGGAGAAAUGAGAGACUUGGCAAGCAUUAUAUAAUCAUAGAUCAUCCUGAAAGUCAUAGAUGCAAUCAGUUUUCUGUUUCUCCCUAUAAUGGUGUUAAUAUUUGCUCAGAUCUACUAAUUGGUGAUUUUCAUAGCAAAUUUAGAGUUAUUCGAAAAUCAUGGAAUGGAGUUUCUUCUAUAAUGAAUUUUUCAAGCUUAAAGCCAAAUGUUAGACUUUUGCCAAGCAAAUUUUCUAAUGAUGAAAAGCUCUCUUUUGUUUGGGAAGGAUUAUGGGAAACUUAUCAAGAUAAGGUUUUGAACAUUAAAUUGCUUUCUAGGUUUGGAAAACUUAUGUUAAUUAACGAAAAGUUUGUCAUUUCUCGUCUUCCUAUUUCUAUUAGUAGUGGUUUUCUAGAACUUCAAACCAAUAGAAAAACAGAUGAGCCAGAAACUAUUACUAUUUCCGGAUAUAAUUAUUCAAAAUUGAUGUGGAAAUCAACAAUACCUAUAAGUAAUUUUAUAUCAGAAAAUAGUAAUAAAAUGAAAUGGCUGAAUGCUUUAGAUUAUUCAGAUAAUAUACCAUACUCACUUAUUAAUAUUAUUCAGUUUGAAACAGAUUUCAGAAUGGAUUAUAUAGAAGAAGGUAUUAUAGUGGGCCCAUUUGAAUAUAAUUUAUUAAAUCCUAUAUUUAAUUAUAUUCCAAGAAAUGAUAUUUAUGAGAAUUUGAAUGUAGAAAUAAGUCAAUUAGCUGAGCUUAGCUUAGUUACUUACAUUAAUAAUAAUGAGCAAAAGAGAAAUAACACAAUUUCUUCAAUAUCAAUGACCACAAUGUAUGUCAGUAAAGCAUCUCCUUUAGUUUCAAUCUACAAUAUAGAAAAUAACAGAUUAUAUUUAAAAGAUAAAAUAAGUGAAAAUACUCUUUGUGUAAUUAAAAGAAAUAUGGCAGAGUUAACUAAAGACCAGUAA